AUGAACGCGCUCGCCGCCACCAGCCGCAACUUCCGGCGGGCCUCGAAGCUGCUCGGCCUCGACUCGAAGCUCGAGCAGAGCCUGCUCAUCCCGUUCCGGGAGAUCAAGGUGGAAUGCACCAUCCCCAAAGACGACGGCAGCUUGGCGUCGUUCGUCGGCUUCCGCGUGCAGCAUGACAACGCCCGCGGGCCGAUGAAAGGCGGCAUCCGCUAUCAUCCUGAGGUUGAUCCAGAUGAAGUAAACGCUCUUGCUCAACUCAUGACAUGGAAGACAGCCGUUGCAGCAGUUCCAUAUGGUGGAGCAAAGGGAGGGAUCGGGUGCUCUCCUGGUGAACUAAGUACAAGUGAGUUGGAGCGGUUGACGCGAGUAUUUACCCAAAAAAUUCAUGAUCUUAUCGGAACGCAUAGAGAUGUCCCAGCUCCUGACAUGGGGACCAAUGCACAGACCAUGGCAUGGAUGUUGGAUGAGUACUCGAAAUUUCAUGGUCACUCACCAGCAGUCGUCACAGGCAAGCCAAUUGAUCUUGGUGGAUCAUUGGGCAGGGAUGCAGCAACAGGGCGAGGUGUCAUGUAUGCUACUGAGGCUCUACUUGCUGAAUAUGGAAAAUGUAUUUCUGGAUCAACUUUUGUGAUUCAAGGUUUUGGCAAUGUUGGCUCGUGGGCUGCACGACUUAUCCACGAGAAAGGUGGUAAGAUUAUUGCAAUUGGAGAUGUGACUGGUUCAAUCAGAAACACGUCUGGUAUAGAUAUACCUGCUUUGGUGACGCAUAGGAAUGAAGGUCAUGCCAUGAAAGACUUUCAUGGCGCAGAAGUUAUGGAUUCAACUGAGUUGCUAGUGCAUGACUGUGAUGUUCUUGUCCCCUGUGCCUUAGGUGGAGUUCUUAACAAGAAUAAUGCACCUGACGUGAAGGCCAAAUUUAUAAUUGAAGCUGCUAACCAUCCAACUGAUCCAGAGGCAGAUGAGAUUCUUGCCAAGAACGGAGUAGUAGUAUUACCUGAUAUCUAUGCUAAUUCAGGUGGUGUGAUCGUUAGCUACUUUGAGUGGGUUCAGAACAUUCAAGGUUUCAUGUGGGAUGAAGAGAAAGUGAACAAUGAACUAGAGAAGUACAUGAGCAGUGCUUUUCAACACAUCAAGGCCAUGUGCAAGAGUCUGGAUUGCAACCUUAGGAUGGGGGCAUUCACCUUAGGAGUUAACAGGGUUGCCCGUGCCACCCUCUUGAGAGGCUGGGAGGCAUGA